AUGACCUCUCCCGAUUAUCAAAGCCAUUUUUCUAUCGCGAAUAUCCCAUUCGGGGUUGCCUCAUCCGAUAGUCAUCCAAAGCCUCAAUGUGUAACUCGACUUGAAAAUAACGUCAUAUUUCUAGCCGAGUUGCAGCGGGCGGGUUUGCUUUCUGAGAUUGCGAGCCUACCAGAGGGUGUCUUCGACAAGCCGAGCCUCAAUGAGUACGCGGCGUUGCCAAAGGUCACUCAGCGCGAGGUCCGCAAGCUGGUACAAGAAGCACUGGCCAAAUCCCUACCAACGGGGUUCACCGAAGACAUUAGUGCAGUGACCCUUCAUAUGCCUGUCUCCGUAGGAGGAUUUACAGACUUCUCGUGCAGCCUGCACCACAUUCGGAACGCAGGCCGAGCUAUCCUCAAUGAUGAAUCCCCUCCUCCCGGCUUCUUCAACUUCCCAAUCGGAUACAAUGGCCGAGCAAGUACCAUUUUUGUCUCGGGUACUCCGGUCAUCCGGCCACAGGGCCAUUUCUAUGAUCGUUCUGCGUCAACGGAAAAGAAACCCAUUGUGUAUGGCCCAUCGCAAGCCUUGGACUACGAGCUGGAGAUUGGCGUCAUCGUUGGCAAGGGCGUCUCACGUCUGCAGGGAUUGAAUGCGAAAGAUGCAGACGAGCACAUCUUUGGCUUCGUCAUUCUGAAUGACUGGAGCGCACGCGACAUCCAGGGAUGCGAAAUGGUUCCACUGGGACCGCUGAAUGGCAAGUCAUUUGGGACAAGCAUCUCACCCUGGAUUGUGACAUUGGAUGCCCUGGAGCCAUUCAAGGCCCCAGGUCCGAAGCCUGAGGCUGUGUUAGCAAGUCAUCUCGAAGACAUUGCCGAGUCCAGCUAUGCUAUUGAUAUGAAAGUGGAAAUUCUCGUCGGGUCUCAGGCAACGACGGUCACAGAGUCAAAGGCACAGGACCUGCACUGGAGCGGACGUCAAAUGGCUGCCCAUCUUGCUAGCACUGGCGCCGACCUUCAGACCGGAGAUAUUAUUGGCACGGGAACAGUCAGCGGUCCGGUCGAUGGCAGCUAUGGUUGUCUGCUUGAAAUUACCAAAGCUGGAAAAGAGCCGAUCAACUUAGUCAAUGGGUCGCUUAGGCGCUUCUUGUUAGAUGGAGAUGUAGUUCGCAUGACAGCUGUGGCGGGUGGACUUGAUUCUGGGGUUGGGUUCGGUGAAUGUAUUGGUGAAUUGCAGCCCACGAUGAGACUUUAA